AUGAAUAUUAAUAGAAAAUCAAUUAANUACAAAGUACAACAUCCGUUAAGUGGAUUUUAUUAUGGAGAAUCUAAAAAGUAUGAGGAUGUUGCAAGUUCAGAAGAAGAAGAAGAGGAAUUAAAUGAUUAAGAGAAUGAUGGUGAAGUUUAAAAGAUGACAAAAAAGUUUAUAAAUAAAGCAAAGAGUUUAGAUCCAAAUAAUCUGAAAGAUUCAGAAAAAUUGAAAAGAAGAAAGGAAAGAAUAAAGAAUUUUAAGGAGAGACCUCAGCUUUUACUACAUAUUUUGGUAAACCAGCAUGACCAUGAGGUACAUAUGGAUAUAAUAAUAUAAAACCAAUAGUAGGAGGAAUAAGAUAUGAAUAACAUUUAUUAUCACAUAAUGUUUAACCACAUAGAAAUAAAAAUGAUCCAUAUUAUAUAUAAACAUAUUAGAAUGCAUUAAGAAAAGGAGCAACAGCAGCAAAUGUAGAACCAGAACCACCUAGAAAUUGUAGAGAAGAAAGAUAGAUUAAAUCCAGAAUAAGUUUAAUUAUUACAUUCUAAUGGUAAAUAAGUUAUACCAGAUUUCAAUAUAAAGAAGCCUGAUCUUUGCUUCAGAAGCAGGUAGUGUAAUAGAUGA